UGAUAUAGGCCCGGCAUUUCGUGCUUCCAAGAAUGUUCUUUAUAUGCAGCCCCGUUUUUCCCGUCAGCUUUCUUUUCUACCAUGGUUCAAUUCAACAUCGCUAGGUUUGAGAUUUGUUAAGCUCGCAUUGCUUCAACGCACUGUUCGCGAUGCUUACUACUUCGUCUAAGACUAUGGUAGCGACCAUGGCAGUGUUCAUGGUCGUCUCGGGUCUUUCGGUUGUCCUUCGGCUGUUUCUAAGGAAGCAGAGGAAAACAUCCUUGAAGGCGGACGAUUAUUUUGUCAUAGCAGCUUGGGCUUUCUCUGCUGCACUGGCUAUCACAAAUAUCGUCGGAGUACCCGUUGGUGGCUUCGGAGUACCGUUCGAGUCCCUUAGUCCUGCGAAAGCCAUCGUAUUUCUAAAGAUUCUCUUCGUCCUCCAAUUCUGGUACAUCAUCGCUGUCGCCCUUGUUAAAUUCUCCGUCCUCUGCUUUUACGGUCGGGUGUUUGGCAUUGGUCGGUACCCGACAUCGGUGAUAGUUCUCCUCGGGAUAUCCGCCGCAUGGCUCAUAUCCUUCCUCUUUGCAACAUUUUUUCAAGUGUGGCCAUUGUGGUGCAAUUGGAUAGCAUGUACUCCCACGACGAACUAUCCAGUCAUGUAUGUACUGUCAAGCGCUACGGAUAUUGUCAUCGAUAUCAGCAUCUUGACCCUACCGGCCUUCUUCAUUCGGAAGCUUCACCUCAGUGGAAACCAGAAAAUUGGUAUAGGCGCAAUCUUUGGAUUGGGAAUCUUCUGUGUUGUCUCCUCAGUGGCACGACUGGCAUAUACAGUCCUGUUUCAACUGGCCGACAUUGAAGGAAACUAUGCCGUCAAUUUCGAUACCGCAGUAGUAAACAUAAUUAUGUGGUCCGGAAUCGAAGCAUGCGCCUCCACCAUCUGCGCCAACCUGCCCUGCUACGGCCCCCUAAUCGGCCGUGCCCGCAGCAUCUCAGCCAUCAUCACCAACAUCGGGUCUUUCUUCUCUCUCAGAACUAGCAAGAAUGCGUCUACGAAGAGGAAACCAGACCUCGAGCGUGGUGUCUCUGCUUCUUCUGACAACAUUAUUUGGUUGGAGCCUAGUGUGGAGAACUCAAUUGAGGGCGGAGCAGUGAAAGUCGAAUCUAGGGAGGAGGCAAGGGAGUAUGUGGAGUUGGAGGAGGGGAUUAAGGUGAGGAAUUCUGUUAAUAUAGAUCAAAAGUAAUGUGCGGGAUGUAGAGAUAGGAAAUGUGCGAUUUAUUCAUGACAACUUGCGCUGGAAGAAACUCGGAGUAUAGGGUAGCAACACUUGUAGAACUGUCCGAGACCGCAAUUGAUAUCCAAAGAAAUCUCUCUUUCUCGCUUCUUAUAGCAAGACGAAGUUGAAACAAGUGU